AUGACAAUUAUUAUGGCGGUUUUCGGCACUUGUGUUAUGCUGUCCAGUACAAAAAAAUCAACAAUAACUAACAUAAUGAAAUAAGUUCACCAUUAUGUACCUAAGAACUGUAUUAUAUUAUCUUAAAAAUGUCUAAUGUCCCAUUUGAUAUGUUGCUACAUCCUGAACUAUUAACGAAUGAGCAACUUACUACCAUAAUACAACAGCGACAUUUGCGAGUACCUAAUAUGGAUUCCAUGACUAGGGAUGACAUAUUAGAAUUAUUUCAUCAUUAUUGUGUCCCUUACGGCCAAAGGAAACAUCGCGAUUCCGGCCGAGGGAAGGCAUUAAGUAGAGGUCGGCAUGUAAGCCCCGAGCCGCCAGUUAAAGUGGGCCUGGCUAGCGAUAAUAAAAACAACAACAAUGUUUCACAUAUGCUUAGUAAGAGAUUAAAGCCGCCUGAUUUGUUGUCGGGGCACAUGAAAAGGAUUAAACUCGAUAAUAAAAAAAUAAACAAUGAAUCUGACACUUUCAAAAGGAAAAUUUCAGUGGAUUCAACUCUGGUUUGUGAAGCACCACCACAUAAAAAAGAGAAAAAGCUUAUAACUUGGCCGUAGGUCAUCAGCAUAGUUUUUGUCCUUAUAAAUAAGACAAAUGGUUGAAACUGAUAAAAAAAUUGAAAAAGCACAAUAAAAUUGUGUGAAGAACUCAAAUCUACCUUGAAAUUGUGUUUUGUGGCAGAAUUUGUUUGUGUGUACACCAACUGGGUGUCAGUGGUAAUGAACAUGUCACACAGUCUAGCUCAUUGUAACACUUAUUGUUUAAACAUUCAAUAAACCUCAAUUUGUUACAAAAUAAUGCAUAAGUCAGCAUUUACUUAGUAUAUGUAAUGAAUAAAGUACACUUGUUAAAUACAUGUUUUAACACUUUGAAUGCUGGUGAAGGAUAUUAUGUACGUCAAAGUGGUUAUAUGUAUCACCAUAAAUAUGUAUCAACACUAAUUUCGGUAUAAGUAAUUUAUCAUGUACUUGCUGUCGCCUGCGACUCUGCCUAUAUGUUCUUCCAGACUUUCUUCUAUAUGUGAGCCAAAUUUCAUAAAAAUCGGUU